UGCCGCAAGUGUGUGUGUGCGUACGUCGGCGCGCUCGCAUGUUUGUGGGUAGGUGUGUAUGCACACGAGAGAGAGAAAGAGAGGGAGAGAGAGAGAGGGAGAGAGGUGGAUCGCAAACAGGUGUAUCUCAGACAGGUAAAGCUGCGCCUUCUUCUAUGGCGUCUGCUUGUCAGACCAUCACGUCACGAAACUCAGGAUUAACAAUCUUCCACAACUGCGAGAUUAUCUUGUUUUACUUUUUUUGAUUUGCGACUAUAGGACGGGGCUUUGGAAAGGAUACUGUGCUAAUUAAAAAAAAAGAAAGAAGAAGAAACUAAACAUCACCAAGGGUGAUCUGGCAGCACGAGGUAUGAGUCCGCCUCGGUGCUUCAUGCAUACCUGUCACUGAAGAAACGACCACCUGGACUGAUGCGAUUUAUCCCAGCGCUCAAAGUGUCCUAGUUUGUGGUCAGUUAACAGUAACUGUCGGGGAGGAUGUCAUCUGUGCUCAGCGGGCUUUCUCUGUGUCUCUGUGUCCUUGGGAUCUUUGUGACAGUCACACAGGGGGAAUUUGUGGAGCUUCCUCCAAACAACUUCUUACGCUCCUUGGCUGAAGAGGAGACCAUCCUGCCCUGUCGCUACCAGCCAAAAAAGGGUGAUGGUGGUGUGGUGGUGCAGGUCACCUGGUAUAAGAAGAAACCUGAUGCCACUAAGGAACAAAUCAUUACUGCGCAUCACACUAAUGGACAGACAGCAUUUGGGACGUGGUCUCGACGUGUACGCUUUAAAAACAGCGAACCCACCUUGGACUCAUCUCUGGUCAUCAUGAGCACUGAAGUCUCUGAUGAGGGGACGUACAUCUGCCGCAUCAGCACCUUCCCCUCUGGCAACUUUGAUGGCGAGAUGUCACUCAUUGUAUGGACCAUUCCUAUCUCCUCCCUGGAACCUGUUAUUAUGGUCGAGGGACAGUCCUACAGGCAGGCCGCUUCCUGUCGCUCUGUCGCCCGCCCGCCUCCCCAACUCUCCUGGGACUCCGACCUGGGUGGUCAGUCCAUCAACCGCUCCUCUGAAAACGGGGCAAUCUCCUCGAACUAUUUUCUGUACCCUCUGAGGGGCAUGAAUGGCAAGAAGCUGGACUGUUUGGUGUGGCACCCGACUUUACCGAGCCCCCGCAGGCUCAGAAACAACCUGGUGGUGUACUUCUCUCCACAUGCAGAGGUGUCUGGCUACAAUGGAGACUGGCCAGUGGGUCUGGAGAAUGCUGCCCUGAGGUGCAUCAGUGGAGGAAACCCCAAGCCGCAGAGUUUCACCUGGCGCAGAAUGGGUAAAGAUUUGCCAGAAGGUGUGAACCCCUUCCCUAAUGGAACUCUAGUUUUUGGGCGCCCCCUAAGCUUGUCAGACAGAGGCACCUACCAGUGUGAGGCCAAGAAUGAAGUGGGAGUAGGGAAGGCGGAAGUGGAGAUUGUUGUGACAGAAUCUCCUGAGCCACGGGAAUGGCCUGAAAACCUGUUGAUGCUUUCUGUGGGAGGUGUUGCUGCUGUGCUGCUGAUCUUGAUGCUUAUCAUUGUCAUUGUUGUCACAUGCCACCAAAAACGCAAGAACACAAAACUGGAGAGAGAGCUCACCCUGAAGAAGGAGGAAAUAAGCAGUCUCUCUAGACAAGCUUCUAUCAGGAGAAUGAACUCUGGCAGCACAGACACCAGAGGAGCGACAGAGGAAAAUAUCCCUUUGAGGGUGGAGGGAACCCUGAGGACCAGCCUGUCUUCCCUCGGGGAGCAGGCUCAUGUCCGUGACAGCCGAUCUACUAUCUCAGGUGGGCGGGGAGGAGGAGGGGGGGGAGGAGGAGGAGGAGGGGGGGGAGCAUUUGACUACCUGGGCAGACCAGUCCUGAACAACAACUCGCGGAGAGGAAGAGACAGACCUCUGGAUAGGGAUGAGGAGAGUCGAAUCAGAGUCGAAACAUAUGUGCGAAACAGCACAAUAUCUUUGCAGGAAACUCGUUUCCAUCCUCCUCUCACACCAUCAGCCUUCCCACUGGUACAGACCACUGAAAUUGUAAGACAGAUAAAUGGCAGCGCCAUCAUCCCAGCAGAUGGGGGUUCACAGCCAGGAAGCGUUGCUAAGAAUCACCAGCACCCUCCACUGAGCCUCAGCUACCCACCGGUAACAGAUGAUGAGGAUGAAGUAGAUGAAGGUUUGGGGGGUCCUGCCAGUCAAGAGCAUCCUGAUGACCAAGACAGCGAGACCAACAGCUCCCAUGUUUCUGAGGCUCACAGUACACGCUAUCAGCAGACUAAUGGCACACUGAGACCCAAACCCCAGCCAAGCCCCACUAUGGUUAGUCCCCAUGCCUCGCUGAUUCACAAGGCCCAGAUAGUUUAGCAGGCAGCAGGAAAAUAGUAUGUGAAACUACAGAACUGACUAGCUCUGGUCUAGAGGGUGGUUCAUAUCUGGAUAUAUCUUGAUUUCUGGUUUCUGCCAGACAAGACCGCGUCGCAGUAUUUCUAGUACCACUACUACAGCUUUAAUCUCAGACAAUAUUUGUUGCUCAUCUUUCACAAUACAGUGUUCGUUGCUCUUACCAACUAACAGGUGAAUGCAGCUGACAUACCUUCUGUGUGUGUGCGUGUGUGUGGGGGUGAAAACACUCAAGGACAACUACAUCAGGAAAUCCAGGAGAGGGCUUUGGGAAAGUUGAUACAUCACACUGCAAUCCCCUCGGUCCUGGGGGUGGAUUUUUACUUUAGUGGUAGCCUGUGUAUCAGUAACUGUGUGUGUGUAAAGUUCCCUUACACAACACGGUUUGGGAUCUGAUCCAAACCAUGGUGUUGUUGCUCGCUUGCCACACCUGCAACAUGCAUACCUCUAUAUUAUUGAGCUGUCCUCGUGCCUUUGUCUGAAGCACUGGGACAGUUUGGAUCUGACACAGAUUUCACACUGUCAAAACAUAACCUAUAUACUGUAUGUAGUGAUUUGACAAUCUGUAAAUAUGUACAAUAUUUUUCACUUUUUGAAUUACACAGCAAAUUAGCAUAUCAGCAAAUUAAACAUAUCUAUUUUCUAGUUCCACAUGCCCCUCUUCCUUAUCAACCUUACAUCAACACCUAGAGACCUUUGAUAGUAGUAGUCAGUUUAACACGUCAUUCCAAAAUCUCCCAUAGGUGUUCAGCUGGGUAGAUCUGCCGACUGAGAAGGACAUGAUGUAUGAUUUACUUCAUUUUCAUACUCAUUAAACUACUCACUGACCAUUGUGCCCUAUGGACUGGGGCACUGUCAUCCUGGAAGAGACCACUCAUUACUCAGGCUUUUCCUUUGUCUGCAUGCUGAGUACCUUCAUGUAUGCACACGCAUACAAAGUGGAUAAACGACAGAAAAGCUGCCAAAUCUGUGUAAAAUGCAUUUUAUUUUCGCAAUUUUUUUUUUUACAUCACUUGAACUACUUGAUAAAUCUGAAUGCAAAAAAGACAGAGACAAAAAGUAAAAUGUCUCAACUGAGGACAUACUGCACUUGUGCUUUGCAAAGGUCUAAGGAGUUUUUCAACAUCCAAGACAGGACAAUGGCUUUGCGAGAGGAAUUUGACAUGAACUGUUACAGCUUUUUAAUAUUGCAGAAAAACCAAACGUAUUGUUUACUACUACCUGUUUUUUUUCUUGUUUAUAUGUGUUUUCAAUACUGUUGGAUUCUGUUACAGCCCUGACAUGGAACAUAAUGUGCCAAAAGGAAAAUGAAAAAAAAAAAAGUUUUGCUUUUUUGGCAAAUAUGAAGUAUUAUUUUGUUCUGUAUGUGGUAUUGUUUUACGUUACCUUUUGUAAAUACAGCUUUUACCAAAAUUUAUGUCAUAAGCCACCUGAGAUAAAAGUAUGUGGGAAGAGUUUGUCCAUAUUAUCCAGUAGCACAAAACAAUUUAGAGCAACAGAUGAAUUAUGUGAAAAUAGUCAGAAUAGGCCACAUCUGUUGCAGACAGUGCCCCCUGAUGUGUACUGAUGGAAAGUGCAGAGACUUCAAACUGAAAAACUACUGAACUAUGAAAGACUCUACAUUCAACUGUGACUUUGGAAAAUUAUUUUCCUGGUCUCGUACCUGAACUUAUAUUUGUUUUUAGGGCUAUGUAUGGGUAUCAGCUUGUAUUGG